GCUGUCGGCGCUGCCGGCGGCGGGCUGGGCCGCUGCGCUCCGCCAUGGCCGCCGGGCCGCGGGCUGCCGCCGCACACCGCUCCGCGCCGCCCCGGCGCCCGCCGCGCUGAGCCGAGCCCCGCCGCCGGCCCCCGCCGCAGCCCGCCAUGGGCUCGCUCUUCCGCGGCGAGCCGAUGUGCCUGGCGCAGCUCUUCCUGCAGAGCGGCUCGGCCUACGAGUGCCUCAGCGAGGUGGGCGAGCGUGGCCUGGCCGAGUUCCGAGACCUUAACCGAAAUGUAAGUGUAUUUCAGAGAAAAUUUGUGAAUGAAGUAAAGAAGUGUGAAGAAAUGGAAAGAAUACUUGGCUAUUUAGUACAAGAAAUUAAAAAAGCGGAUAUUCCACUUCCUGAAGGAGAUGUUGCUCCUCCUGCCCCUUUGCUGAAGCACAUUCUAGAAAUCCAGGAACAGUUGCAGAAGCUGGAGACAGAAUUGAGGGAAGUAACUAAAAACAAAGAGAAGUUGAGGAAAAACCUGCUUGAACUGACAGAAUACAUGUGCAUGUUGGAGGUCACACAAGGAUUUGUCAGGAGAACAUCUGAGUAUGAAUCCCAAUUACAUGUAAAUUAUGAAGAAUUUCCAUCGGUGGAGAGUGAGCCACUGGUGGAUUACAACUGCAUGCACAGACUGGGUGCCAAGCUGGGGUUCAUAUCUGGAUUAGUUCACAUGGCAAAAGUGGAAGCAUUUGAGAAAAUGCUGUGGAGAGUCUGUAAAGGCUACACUAUUCUUACAUAUGCAGAGUUGGAUGAGUGUCUCGAAGAUCCAGAUACAGGCGACACCACAAAAUGGUUUGUUUUUUUAGUAUCCUAUUGGGGUGAACAGAUUGGCCAGAAAGUUAAGAAGAUUUGUGACUGCUAUCACUGUCAUGUAUAUCCCUACCCAAACAGCAUGGAGGAGCGCAGGGCAGUUGUGGAAGGACUAAAUGUUCGUAUUCAGGAUCUUCAUACUGUGCUGCAUAAAACUGAGGAUUACUUACGCCAAGUCUUGUGUAAAGCGUCUGAAUCCAUCUAUACAUGGGUUAUCCAAGUGAAGAAGAUGAAAGCCAUAUAUCAUGUACUCAACCUGUGCAGUUUUGAUGUCACAAAUAAAUGUUUAAUUGCUGAGGUUUGGUGUCCAGUGGCUGAUUUGCCAAGUCUGCGCCAUGCAUUGGAGGAAGGUUCAAGGAAGAGUGGAGCUACAGUUUCUUCAUUCAUGAACACCAUCCCCACAACACAACCUCCUCCAACUUUGAUACGCACCAAUAAAUUCACCUCAGGGUUCCAAAACAUUGUCGAUGCUUAUGGAGUUGGAAACUAUGGGGAAGUGAAUCCAGCUCUCUAUACCAUCAUCACUUUUCCCUUCCUGUUUGCGGUUAUGUUUGGAGACUUUGGGCAUGGCCUACUAAUGUUCAUAUUUGCACUCCUGACAAUCCUCUAUGAAAACCACCCUAGAUUACAAAGAUCACAAGAUGAGAUAAUGAAAAUGUUAUUUGAAGGCCGAUAUGUUCUUUUAUUAAUGGGUCUGUUUUCUGUAUACACUGGAUUGAUCUAUAAUGACUGUUUUUCAAAGUCAGUAAAUAUAUUUGGUUCUGGAUGGAAUGUUUCUGCAAUGUUUGAACAGAGGGUUUGGCGUCUUGAGGAUCUGAAGUCUAACCGUUAUUUAGCACUGGAUCCAAAUGUUUCUGGUGUGUACAAUGGAGCUUAUCCCUUUGGAAUUGAUCCGAUCUGGAAUUUGGCAAGCAACCGUCUCAGUUUUUUAAACUCUUUCAAGAUGAAAAUGUCUGUGAUUUUUGGAGUUACCCACAUGACGUUUGGAGUUGUAUUGGGGGUAUUUAACCACUUGCAUUUCAAGAAGAAGUAUAAUAUUUAUUUGGUUUUUCUUCCUGAACUUUUAUUCAUGAUGUGCAUCUUUGGCUACCUUGUGUUUAUGAUCUUCUUCAAAUGGUUGGCGUACUCUGCAGAGAACUCUACAUCUGCUCCUAGUAUUCUAAUUCAAUUUAUUAACAUGUUCCUGUUUACUGGUGGUGAAACAGAGCCCUUCUACACUGGACAGAUUGCUCUGCAGAGGUUUUUACUUACUAUUGCUUUUCUUUCUGUUCCUGUAAUGCUUUUUGGCAAACCACUUUAUUUAUAUUGGUUGCACAGUGGAGGCCGAGGCAUUAGAAUGUACAGGAGUGGCUACAAGCUCGUUCGAAAAGAAAGUGAAGAAGAACUUUCUCUGCUGAGAUGUCACGAUGUAGAAGAAGGAAGCAGUCAUUUGGAUAGUGGGCACAGAGAGGUGGAAGGAGAGGAGCUUAAUUUUGCAGAUGUUUUUAUGAAUCAAGCAAUUCAUACCAUUGAAUACUGUUUAGGAUGUAUUUCUAAUACAGCCUCGUAUCUGAGACUCUGGGCAUUAAGUCUUGCUCAUGCACAGUUAUCAGAAGUUCUAUGGCAAAUGGUGAUGAGAGUGGGUCUUCGUGUGGAUACGACCUAUGGUGUCUUACUGCUAGUCCCUGUUCUAGCCUUUUUUGCUGUGCUAACAGUUUUUAUUCUUCUGGUCAUGGAGGGGCUUUCUGCUUUUCUCCAUGCUAUACGACUUCACUGGGUGGAAUUUCAGAACAAAUUCUACUCUGGUGGAGGAUACAAGUUUACGCCUUUCUCUUUUAAGCACAUUUCUUUACAUUUUAAUAAAGAUACGGCAUAAGUUUGGCUGCUGUCAGCAGAAA